AUGGUCCCUCAGGUCUGGCCCAACUCUCAAGACAUGGUCCCUCAGGCCUCGCUUGAGUCUACUGAAGACAUGGUCCCGGAGGCCUGGCCUGAGACUCGUCAAGACAUGGUCCCUCAGGCCUGGCCCGACUAUGCUGAAGACAUGAUCCCUGAGGCCUGGCUCUUUACUCCUCAAUACAUGGUCCCAGAGGCAUGCCUGUUCACUCCUCAAUACAUGAUCACCCAGGCAUGGCCCUUCGCUCUCCAAUACAUGCCCCCCCAGGCCUGGUCUUUCGCUCCCCAAGGCACCAUCUAUCAACUGCAACUGCUGACAAAGCUCAGCUAA